AUGACUGCCGUUUCUCGUUCAGACCUACUAGCUUGGCUUAAUGAACUUCUUCAACUGAACUAUACCAAGAUCGAGCAAUGCGGCACUGGUGGUGCCUAUUGCCAGAUUCUGGACUCCAUCUAUGGGGACGUGCCUAUGACGAAAGUCAAGAUGAAUGCGAAGCACGAGUACGAAUUUGUUGCAAACUUUAAAGUGAUGCAAAACGUCUUCAAGGCAAGGAAGAUCGACAAGCCAAUACCCAUCGAGAAACUUGUCAAAUGCAAAAUGCAGGACAACCUAGAGUUCCUGCAAUGGAUGAAACGCUUUUGGGACUCUAAUUACGGCGGACAAGGUUACGAUCCAGUCGCCCGCAGACGAGGGGCGCCAACUGAUACCCCCGCCACGAUCGCACCACUGUCCAGUUCUCGAACCGGCGGCGCUUCUGCGGGUCUGGGGACUGGGGGCCGUGUUGGAGGAAAAACGCCCAUCAGCGGCCAUCGAGCUGGAUCCGCUCAACCGAAUGAAGUCAUCCAGAACCUCCAAGCGCAAAACCGAGAAUUGACCGCCCAUAUGGAGGGCUUAGAGAAGGAAAGGGACUUUUACUUUGCAAAGCUUCGUGAUAUCGAAAUUUUGGUGCAACGUGAUAUCGAACUUGCGACGCAGCGUGAUAUCGAACUUUCGCCGCAGCAGAAACAGGAAACAGCAGCAAGCGAUCAUGAAUCCCGGCUAAAAACUUUGGAAGCCAUUCAGCAGAUCCUAUACUCAACUGAGGUUUGUGGGGUCAAAUUCGGCUCCAACGAUUUACUGACUGCGUUUCAGGACGGCUUUGAAGUUCCAGACAAUGCAGGGGCCGUUGACGAGGAAGAAACUUUCUAG